CGCUAUCGCAGCUUCAGUAUCGUUAGGCGAUCGUGUGCUUCGUUGUGUAUAGAUCGUUGGGUCUGCUGCUGUACUGGACGGCCUGCUCUGGAGCAACAAUAACGCUUCCACGGACUAUUCCCACGGGCUUUGCCGUACACGUGUUUCAAGAACGCAGCGUCCGUAACCCCGCUCGGGAGAACGAAUUCAAAAAGCUGGCGGCGGAAACGUCGAGAAGUGCGGACAUCGUCGACAGAAACCAUCAUCAACGCCGGACCGAGCCGUGGCGAUGCUGGGGCUACAGAAUUCGUGCAUCGUGCUGAACGCCAAGGCAGUCAACAGUGGCGGUGGCGUUGGGACCGAUGGCGGUGGAAAAGUGCAUUUUAAAAUGCUUAAUCCAUGUGCGGCGGCCGGCAUUGGGCAGGUGCGCGGUCACCAGCGCAUACCGUCCGACACGAAAGAGUUCCACGAAGCGACGAAACGCGAUGCGCUGAUGCGGCUCAAGAAGGACCUCGACCACCUGCUGGAAACGGUCGAGGAAACGCGCAAAACGGGCGUGCAGAAGGAAAUGUGCGGGUUCGAGGCACUGUACCAUCGGUUCCUGCAGGAGGACGGCCCUUCGGUCGAGUGGGAUCGCAUCGAGAAGCUCCCAGAGGGCGCGGUGAAGGACUAUUCCACACUCAAGCUGCCACAGGAAGCGCACAUCCGCGACAUGCUCGACAAGCUCGUGGUGGUGAAGCUGAACGGUGGUCUCGGCACGUCGAUGGGCUGCCACGGGCCGAAAAGUGUGAUCCCGGUGCGGAAUGACCUAACGUUCCUCGACCUCACGGUGCAGCAGAUCGAGCAUUUGAACAAAAAGUACAACGCCAACGUGCCGCUGGUGCUGAUGAACUCGUUCAACACGGAUGUGGACACGGAGAAGGUGAUCCGAAAGUACAAAGGCUUCCAGGUGCAGAUCUACACAUUUAACCAAAGCUGCUACCCUCGCAUCAGUCGAGACUCGCUGCUGCCCAUCGCGAAGGACUUUGAUAUCGAGAACGACAUCGACGCAUGGUACCCACCGGGUCACGGCGAUUUCUACCAAUCGUUCCAGAACUCGGGCCUGCUGAGAAAGUUCAUCGAGGAGGGUCGCGAGUAUUGCUUCCUGUCCAACAUCGACAAUCUGGGCGCGACGGUUGACAUAAAGAUACUGAACCGCCUGAUUGGAGACGACCGGCAGGGUGACAAACCGAUCGAGUUCGUGAUGGAGGUGACGGAUAAGACGCGCGCCGACGUGAAAGGUGGCACGCUGAUUAACUACGAGAACAAGCUGCGGCUGCUGGAAAUCGCCCAGGUCCCGAAGGAGCACGUCGAUGACUUCAAGUCGGUGAAGACGUUCAAGUUCUUCAACACCAACAACAUCUGGGCCAGGUUGGAGUCGAUCGAGCGUGUGCUGAACGCGAAAACGAUGAACAUGGAAAUCAUCGUCAACAACAAAACGCUGGACAAUGGGAUGCGUGUGAUCCAGCUCGAGACGGCCGUCGGUGCAGCGAUGAAGUGUUUCGACGGUGGCAUCGGUAUCAAUGUGCCGCGGUCGCGGUUCCUGCCGGUGAAAAAGACCUCCGACCUGCUGCUUGUUAUGUCCAACCUGUACAGCCUGAAGUACGGCUCGCUGGUAAUGUCCCCGCAGCGCAUGUUCCCUACCACGCCGCUGGUCAAGCUGGGCGACAAUCAUUUCAGCAAGGUGAAGGAAUUCCUGAGCCGCUUUGCGAAUAUUCCCGACUUGAUCGAGCUGGACCAUUUGACCGUGUCCGGUGACGUUACGUUCGGCCGAGGGGUUUCGUUGCGGGGUACGGUCAUCAUCAUUGCUAACCAUGGCGAUCGUAUCGAUAUUCCGGCCGGUGCAAUCCUGGAGAACAAGAUCGUGUCCGGCAAUAUGCGCAUUCUGGAUCAUUAGGGUGAAUGCGCACGCGGCAAGGCCAGUAGGAAGAUACUCAGGAGAAGCAAACAUAGCGCAAAGUGUGCGAAGCAUGCGGAACAUACUAUUUUAACGUUGGUGGGAAUAUGCAGGUAGAUUGUAGUACGGAGGAAAAAAAGCAAUAUGGAAUACAUAACGGACGAACAAUGUUUCACAAAAGACGGAUAGGAAGCUCUCAUGUUUGGUUGUUUCGUUGAACGAUAAGUGCAGCACAAUUAGGGAAAGAGGGUUCGAAUCGGAAUUAAUAGAACAAUGAGUAAGUUUUGCAUGGUUAUUUAGAGGUUGAAUUUUCGUUGCGUUAAAAGAAAAGCGUUUUUUACAACAACAACAGUGGCUAGUGGCUUCUGUUCUAGUGAAUGUUUGAAUAAACGUAUCACAAACGUGUAAAAAAUGGUAACACGACUGAUUUACAUGGA